UACAAACUUUUGAAGGUACACAUUGUAAGAGUCAGCAUAAUCUCUGAAACCAAUUUUUAAAGAUACAGUUAAGGUAAGUUUAGUGUUGUGAGUAUGACUAAGUAUAUUUCAACUACAUUUCUGUCAACCAGAUAUGGCAUUUCUUGUCAUACCAUUCUUCCAAUGUAUCUUUUGUUUGAACAGCAUGACAUCUGAUUAUCAUGAGGCACCAGAGAGCUGAUAAAGCUUAAAGUUAAACUAAAGUAUAUUUGACAACACCUAUGCUUGCUGUGUUUGCAAGUCUCGGUCACAGACCAUUGGCUGAAUAAUGGGAGACCAGGUUGACACCCAAAAUAUUACUAUAGUAUACUGCCCCCAUCUGGUCAUCCUUGCCUUUGUCAUGACUGAAUGUACAUUUCACACUAAGCAAACAUUGUACAUUUUUAAGUCUUAUUUGUAUUUCAUGUUAUUUUCAAAUUACUUUAAAAUGAAUUAUGUCACUGUUUCAGGGGGAAAGGUGUGUGUUUGUCUGAAAUCUCCCGUUUCACAUUAGACGCUGAUUCUUUUGUUAGUGAUUCUGUCCUAAAUUCAUACUGAUAUAAAUUAUUCAAGUCAUCAAUUUUUUGUUUUGCUCUGUUAAAGAGAAAGCAAAGAGGCUAAGGUUAAUGUUUAAGGGAAAGCAGGUCAAGUAAAGAUGUCCAUCAUGGUGGAUGUGAGCACGAUUUCCUGCUUGUGUAUGGAUGCACAUUAGUGCAACUUUCCAAAUAACAAAACAUAAUGUUCAGAUAGCUUAGUUUUAUCCCUCACAUGGAUCAGUCAAAUAAAUCCAGGUUUGAUAAUGGCAUCUUAUUGACUACUUUUACAAGAACAUUAUGUAUAAUGCCAAAAUGUGUUUUAUGGCGUUAUUUUCUUUUCUUUCUAUGAUGUCCUUAAAAUUAUUUGGGGAAGUGUACUUCCCUGUAAGAGACCCAAAUGAGUGAUUACACAUUGACCAAAGUUACCACCCAUUUGAUUGACUUCUGUGGUCUCUCAUUGGUGAUUCCCAAGGAAUAAAGCAAUAAAAAAACAACAAGGUCACUGACCAAAAACAGUGAGCACACAUUUAGAUAAACAGUUUUCAACACUACAUAGGAAGAACGUUGAUGUCACCAUGUCUGUAACUUCCACCACCCUGAGAAAAAUGUUGCCAAAGAAAUAUCACCAUAAGAAAGAAACUAUUGCUGAAGUUAUUGCUGCCUUGUCUCAAAACAAGCACCUUGUGCCAGUCAUGGACAAAUUUGUUUUCAAUGAUGGCACCACCAAGACCCUACUGAGCCUGUCUGGAACCAUUUGGAUGUGCUAUGGUGAUAAAGGAUACAAUAUUCCUGUAAGCUUAUGGCUUGAUGAGAGAUACCCUCGAACUGCCCCUAUCUGCUAUGUGAAACCUACAUGUGAGAUGAUGAUCCUUUCAGGAAAGCAUGUCAACAGCAACGGCGAGAUACAGCUGCCCUACCUCAAUGAGUGGAGACAUACUGUAUGUGACCUGCACACUUUGAUUCAGGUGCUAUCUCUGACGUUUGGCGAGAGUCCUCCAGUUGGCCUCCGUCUCACCAAAGAGGAGUCUCAAUCUAACUGUGCAGCUCAGCAAAGACACUCCAAUAUCUACUCAACACCAGAGGGUUACUCAUUCAUGUUACUGAGAAAAGAUGAUGGGCUCUCAAUUCAGAGGGAAAAUGAAACAUGCUGCUAGUAGCCAUCUCUAAUGUCUUCAUUCUUUACGUUGAGUUUGCACUUUCUGUUUGCUCAUGCACCAUUUCAUUAACCUGUACAGAAGUUUGACAUUUUGUUAGACUUGACUAAUUUGUUGUAUUUGUUCCAUUUCUUGAGUCUGGGUUCAUUGUGGAGGAGGAUAUGCUUCUUUUUCAGCCUACUUAUGAGAACGAUGAAUUCCAAAAGAAUGUGUGGACACAUGGAUUGUGUUUUUGUAAGCCUAGAAGGGUAUAGAUUUUUGAUUCAUUCUGAAUUUGUAUGUCCAGUUGAAUGUCUUACAAACUCUGAAGAAAGUCUUAAUCCUUUAUAUGCAAUAAUUCUUGGAAAAAUAAAGUUACGCCUGAAAGGUC